AUGGAUGGAAUACAGGACAAGGAAGGAUCCAAAGGACGAAAUGGCGAGCAAUCCAGUUGCCCCGAUUGCCAACGACCAGAUAGCGCGGAGGAUAUGGUCCAGUGCGACCAUUGCGACGUUUGGAAGCACUUCACUUGCGCCAGCGUGAAUGCAAGCGUCGCUGGUCGCGCAUUUGUAUGUGGUGACUGUUCCGCUCAGCACAGCGAUGACGCGAUUACGGUGCAUAGCGAAUCCAGCCGUGCCAGUUCAACGUCGGUUUUCUCCGUCUGCCUGAGCCAGCUGGUGGAAAGACAGCAUAUGGAGCGUGCCCGUAUGGAACUCGAGCUGCAACGGCGCCAUCUAGACGAACAGCAGAAGCUGAUCGACAAAGCUCUUGAUGGGGAGGAAGCAGAAAACCAUCACAGUGACGGUUUAUCCGGUGGUACCACCAACGAAGUGACUCCACCAGCUCCCAGCAAGCGCCUUGCGACGCCGCCCCCUCCCGGUGCACCUCUAGCAUCGUCCGAUCGUCGAUCAAAGGCACUAUCCGACACUCCCAAGUCGGCUGCUCCAGUUGUGGUAUCGAUUCCACUUACGGCGCUGGAGCCGAACUCAGUGAAGCUUCUGCAAGGCAUGAAAGACCCCCAAGUUGCCCUGCGGGAACUCAGAGCUAGGGUUGAGCUGUGCGAGAAGCGCGCCAAUCCUACGCCCGACGACCUGGUUGACCUACAAGCUCAACUGGAACUGUGCCGGAAAAUUCUGGAAGGGAUCCAGACCAGUACAUCGACCAACGAAUCGGUUCAACGGCCGGACGCUAGCAGCACGAUGAAGUUGCAGCCACCAAAGCCAGCGGCGAGCACGUCGCGCAUGGUGAAGCAGACCGGUGCAAUUCCGAAAACAAAUCGGUCACUGCUUACGGUUCCCCAGGAAGAUCUGAUGCAGCCCAACAGUCCUUCUCGAGAAGGGGCAGUAGGAGGAGCCAACCGACCGAGCGAUUUUUGGCCGCUGAAGCUGCCGGUAAGCCAAUCUGGCGGACCAUCGGAAAGUCGAGCAUUCGAGUCAUCGAAAAUGCGUCCGAAACUCUUGGAACCCCCAGGUAAGCGUCAAGCCUUGAGUAAUUUGUUUGAAAAUACAACCCUAUUCGCCUCUGGCGAUUGCCCCACGACCAAUUUUCCAACAACCCGAGAGCAGCAGCGUGUUGACGCGCGCCCGGGAGAAAGUUGUCUGCCUCCUACACAUUCUCAUGAGCAGCUGCGAGAUACACUCGCGCACUCGGGCUAUGCGACUUUGCCCUACAGUCAACCCGAACGCAAUUCAACCGGUAUGCAAACGCGUAAUUGCCCCUCGCGUGUGGUUGUAUCCACUCCACCCCCUCGUCAGUCAGAUAGCUCCCAACCAAACCAAGUGAUUUCCCAACCAGACCCAUUCCGCCCCACACAACAGCAGCUUGCAGCAAGACAGUCCCUGGCUAAGGAUCUUCCUCGAUUCAGCGGAGACCCAGCUGAAUGGCCGAUCUUCAUCUCGAACUACCGCUACACGGCGGAAGCUUGUGGCUUUUCGGAUGGAGAAAACAUGCUUCGUCUACAACGGUGCUUGACUGGAUCUGCGCUCGAAACAGUGCGCAGUCGGUUGGUGUUACCAGCCGCGGUACCUCAAGUGAUCGAGACACUUCGCAUGCGGUUUGGGCAACCGGAAUUGCUGAUCAACGCCCUGUUACGUAAGGUGCGGGACAUUCCUGCCCCAAGGCCCGAUCGGCUCGAAGGGCUCAUCGAUUUCGGAAUGGCGGUGCAGGCUUUGUGCGACCAUAUUGAAGCGGCGAACGAACGCGCUCAUCUAUCGAAUCCGUCACUUUUGCAGGAGCUCGUGGCGAAGCUUCCCGCUGAUCAACGGAUUAUGUGGGCCGGAUAUAAGCGAGGAUUUCCUCACGCAGAUUUGAAAACCUUUGGCGACUAUAUGUCAUCGGUGGUGCGGGACGCAACCAGCGUAGUCACCUUUGAGCCGGAUACGAGACGGAGCGGCGCUCGAGACCGUCCGAGGCAAAAGGGAUUCAUCAACUCCCACGCGACGGACUCAUCCAGCAGAUCAGGAGAUUCAUCGCGUGAGCCGAAGGAGACACCGAAACAGUUCGAUUGCGCUCACUGCAACAAAUGCGGACACCGAGUUCGCGAUUGCAAUGCUUUCAAGCAGUUAAACGUUGACGACCGCUGGAGACGAGUUCGAUCGUUGGGCUUGUGUCAGAACUGUUUGUUCAGCCACGGACGGCGUGCGUGUCGAGGUAGAAAAACGUGUGAUAUCGAAGGCUGCCAGUUUCGACAUCAUCCGCUCCUUCACUCCCCUAGAGGCCCUCCAAAAUCAUCGGAACACACGAUGCAGGUGGCGGAAAAUCACACCCAUCGCCGCUUAACUUCUCCGACCCUUUUCCGAAUCAUACCAGUAACCCUGCAUGGGACUAAAGGCUCGAUCAACACCUUCGCAUUUCUUGACGAAGGGUCCGACCUGACACUGAUAGAAAGUGAUUUGGUUGCUUCGCUUGGGGUGGAAGGCACUCAACUACCGCUUUGCCUACGGUGGACAGGGAAUACAUCACGCGUGGAAAAGGAGUCACAGCAAAUUACAAUCGAAAUCGCCGGAAUUGGACUAGACAAGCGGCACAAACUUCUGAACGCGAGAACCGUCAAUAGCCUCGGACUACCACGCCAAACCUUCGAGGUUGAAGAUGCGGUUAAGAAGCACAAACAUCUGCAAGGCAUUCCGCUAUCCAGCUACCGCGAUGCAGUACCCAAGAUCCUCAUCGGUGUAGACAACUUGCGGCUGGCACUGCCUCUGAAGGUGCGAGAAGGGGAUGGGCCUGCACCGGUGGCGGUAAAAACCAGACUUAGCUGGUGCGUAUACGGUCCCCGGGGGAGCAGUAGCCUUGAAUCUCACAGCUUCCAUAUUUGUGAGUGCUCUUGUGACGAAACACUUCACGAGGCGGUGAAAGACUUCUUUGCUAUCGAAGGAGCUGGAGCGGGUCCGACAGCAACCUCGAUGAAGAAGGAAGAUGAACGGGCGCUAACCAUAAUGGAAGCGACAACUCACCGGGUUGGGAAUCGCUUCGAAACGGGACUUAUUUGGAAGGAAGACCAUGUAGAGUUCCCGAACAGCUAUUCCAUGGCAGUGCGUCGGUUGGAAUGCCUUGAACGCAGGAUGGAGCGUGACCCGGGUCUGAAGGAGAAUCUACACCGGCAAAUACAGGAGUACGAAGCGAAAGGAUAUGCACACAAGGCUACAGCAGCGGAAAUGGAAGCAGCGGAUCCAAGGAGAGUGUGGCACCUCCCGGUCGGAGCGGUCAUUAACCCCAAGAAACCGGGGAAAGUCCGCGUCAUCUGGGACGCUGCGGCCAAGGUGGACGGCGUAUCGCUCAACAGUGCACUCCUCAAAGGCCCCGAUCAACUUUCUUCCCUUCCUGCGAUUCUCUUUCGUUUCCGAUUGUACCAGGUGGCGGUCAGCUCGGAUAUACAGGAAAUUUUCCACCAGAUACUAAUGCGAGAAGCCGACAAGAAUUCCCAGCGUUUCUUGUGGCGCAAUAACCCAUCUGAAAAGCCGACGGUAUACCUGAUGGACGUUGCCACAUUUGGCAGCACUUGCUCGCCGGCGUCGGCGCAGUUCGUUAAAAAUCGGAACGCCGAACAACACCGAGAGCUGUAUCCGGAAGCGGUGAAAGCGAUUAUCGACGACCACUACGUGGACGAUUACCUGGCUAGUUUCGGCAAGGAAGAAGAAGCAGCAAAGGCGGCACGCGAUGUACGACACGUACACGGUAACGGAGGUUUUAAGCUGCACAACUGGUCCAAUAGCUGCACAGUGCUAGAACGACUGGGUGAAGUUCCACUGGCAGAGGAAAAGCAGCUGAAACUCGUCGACGGCGUGGCGACGGAAAGAGUGCUCGGAAUGUUAUGGUGUCCUUCCACGGAUGAGCUGAGUUUUUCCACCCAGAUGAGUGAGGAAGUCCAGGCGCUGAUUAAAGCGUCCACGCGACCGACAAAGAGGCAGGUACUACGGUGCGUGAUGACGCUGUUUGAUCCAUUAGGGUUACUCUCACCGUUCCUCAUCCAUGGCAAAGUCCUGAUCCAGGACAUCUGGAGAGAAGGCACUGAAUGGGACGAACAAGUCAGUACAGACAUCUCUGCAAAAUGGCAGCGGUGGGUGCAAAUGAUUGAGUACAUUUCCGGGGUGCGCAUUCCAAGAUGUUACUUCCGGCAUGCGAAUCAGAAGACAUACCUCAACUCCGAACUCCACGUGUUUGUCGAUGCGAGUGAGGUGGCGUACUCUUGUGUCAUCUAUUUGCGCACGCUCGACACAGAAGCUGAUCCGCAGUGUUGCUUGAUUGCCGCCAAAUCGAAAGUUGCUCCGCUAAAGCCAUGGUCGAUUCCCAGGCUGGAACUACAAGGGUGCGUCUUGGGCGUACGUUGGUCGAAGUUCGUCCGGGAAAACCACGGAGUUCCUGUUUCCAAGAUGGUGUUUUGGACAGAUUCCAGAACAGCCUUGGCCUGGAUAAAGGCCGACCCUUGGAACUACCGACAGUUCGUGUCCUUUAGAGUAGCCGAGAUUCUGGAGAACACCACGGCAAGCGAUUGGAGAUGGGUGCCAUCGAAAUCUAACCCAGCAGAUGAAGCUACUAAAUGGGGAAGCGGACCGUACUUCGAUCCCAACAGUAAGUGGUUCCAGGGCCCCGAGUUCUUACGUCUACCGGAGACUCAGUGGCCUCGUCCCAAAGAGCCAGUGACCGCUACUUUAGAGGAAAUACGUGCAUCAAUCCUGCACCAUUGUUCGAUCGAGCCGGUGAUUGACUUCGUCCGGUUUUCCUCCUGGAACCGACUACUACGAGCAACAGCUUUCGCUCUCCGAUUCGUAAACAACACAGACAAAACGCAGACGAAAUAUGCAGGACAACUACAGCAAGCUGAACUUCGAGCAGCAGAGAUUACGAUUUUCAAGCUUGUACAACGCGAGUCCUAUCCCGAUGAGAUCGCUGCACUCUCCACCAAGGCGUCGAAUGAAACCGGACAGGAGGCCAUUGGGAAGCAGAGCUCCAUCUACCGACUUAUGCCGAUUCUGGACGAGAACGGCUUGAUGCGCGAGCGCGGACGGAUCGGGACGGCUGGAGACAUCUGUUAUAGCGUGCGUCAUCCAAUUAUCCUUCCGAGAAAGCACCAGGUCACGGAGCUUCUGGUUUACCGAUAUCAUCAGCAGUAUCGUCACGGCAAUGCGGAAACCGUUGUUAACGAGAUCCGCCAGGUGUACAACAUCCCAAGACUGCGUUUGAUAGUUAAGAAAGUAAGUCGUGACUGCCCAUUUUGUAAGAUCCGUCGAGCGAGACCAGCGAUUCCACCAAUGGCGCCCCUUCCAGCUGCGCGCCUAGCACAUCACGAACGAGCCUUCACCUACACAGGGGUUGACUACUUCGGACCGCUGUUAGUGAAACUAGGAAGAUCGAAUGUUAAACGAUGGAUCGCCCUGUUCACGUGCCUAACGGUGCGUGCCGUCCAUCUCGAAGUCGCCUAUACGCUGUCUACGAAGUCGUGCAUUUCAUGUGUUCGUCGAUUUGUGGGUCGCCGGGGAUCACCCGCCGAAUUCUUCAGCGACAACGGCACAAAUUUCCAAGGAGCUGAACGAGUACUGCAGCAUCAGAUAAGCCAGGGACUGUCCGCAACGUUCACCAACACCGACACGAAGUGGAACUUCAUUCCACCGGGAGCACCGCAUAUGGGCGGAGCAUGGGAACGCUUGGUACAGUCGGUAAAGGUUGCAAUCGCUGAAGCGUACUCUGAAGGAAAGCUGGACGACGAGGGGCUGCAAACGCUGGUCGUGGAGGCGGAGCAUAUGGUGAACUCAAGGCCUCUGACGUAUUUGCCCCUCGAUGCCGUGGAGGCAGAGGCACUUACGCCCAAUCAUUUUUUAUUACUGAGCUCGUCCAGCACGAAACAAUACGGCAAAGAAGCAGCAUCUACAGUUCACGGAUCGUCCAGUGAACUAAUUCGCCGAGAAAUACUGGGUACGUGGGAGCUAAUCCAGCGCCAGCUGAACGUUUUUUGGAAGCGCUGGUUGACGGAAUAUCUGCCGGUGAUCCGUCGGCAACCGAAAUGGUUUGAUGAAACCCGAUCACUUGUACCUGGCGACCUUGUCUUAGUCGCGGAGCCGACGAAACGAAAUGGAUGGGAGCGUGGACGAAUCAUCCGUGUUGUCCCAAGCCCGGACGGAAGAUACCGACGGGCGGUUGUGCAGAUAGGGACGAAGACUCUGUUGAGACCAGUGUCACGGUUGGCACUGCUUGACCUGCAGGAGUUUCGUGAGACUCCGGAGGACUCCGGACCACACCCGGGGGAGACUGUCGGCGCAGGAAUCGGCAAGCUGGCAGUCCUGCCCUGCGCUGCUACCAAAGCGUCGCGUCCGCGAGCAAAAGCGACGCAGCGAUAUCUGUGA